GAGUAGUGUGUUAAUUGCAAUAUUAAGCAAGGUCCAUUCUAUAACAUGCACAUGUUUCAGGUAUUUAAAGUAACUUUAUUGUCAUGUAAGCAUUCGCUUCGUCUUACACACCCCAAACAGAAUGAGAGCAGUUCUUGUUAUCGUGUCUCAUAGAUGUAUCAUUAUUUUAAGAAAAGAUUUGUCUGUAAUUGCAUACGUCCGUUUGUUGACCAAGUUGUGUAAUUCAGAAGAUUAUGAAAGUUGGUUUUUAUAAAAUUCAAAUAAGUUCAUUGACACGGCAUCAGUUAUACGGAUUUUGACACUUGUGUAAUUCAUAUCUUUCUCGAAUAUAGUUCAAUCAUUCGUGGAAUGCACUCGUGCGGUUCACGUAACCUAGUCAUGAGAGAAAAAGCAAAGACACGCAGCAUGCAAGGACCUCAGAUGGAAUGACAUCGUUACGGAAACUUGUGUUCGUUGACUUGGAAGAAGGUGAGACAGCGCACUUGUCAGACGAGAACCAGCGGCUUAGUCUUGCAUAUGAGGAGCUUACUGAUAUGCCAUACAAUUUGCUUGACUGCUACGCUGGCUAUGUGCAUACUUUGGACUUAACAUACAAUAAAUUUCGAACUGUGGAUUUUCUGUCAGAGUUUGUGAACCUAACCUCGUUAAUACUUGAUCACAACGAGAUCGACUCGGACACUGUGUUCCCAGGCCUUCACAAGCUAAAACUGCUUUGGCUCAAUCACAACAAAGUGUCUGAUCUCUACCCUUUUAUCCAAAACUUGCAGAAGAGUUGCCCCAACCUUCAGCACUUGAGUUUGAUGGGCAAUGCUGCGGCACCGAGCUGUCUUAAUGGUGGCUCCAUUUAUGAUCAUUUGCAGUACAGGUUGUUUGUGAUUUCAUGGUUUGAUGACCUGAUUCACUUAGACGACCGCGCAGUAGACGAGGAUCAGCGCAAGGAGGCCUGCCGAUUGUUCCGGCGUCCGUUGUUGACUCGCCUGCGCGUGGAGGCGUCUCUUCCUUCACACCUGCGCAAAAUUAAAGCCAGCUUUAGCAGUCUUCUGGGGGGCUGGAGUGACAUUAUUUUGCACAAACAAAGCAAUGCAGUUGUUUAAGAAUUUGAAAGGAA